AAGGAGUUGCAAGAAGACUUCUGCUUACCUGUCAGUUUCAGUCACUGCCAAAUUCAUGUGUAUUAAUCUUGUAUUGGGUAUCUGUUAGUCAGACCCCUGUCCUGACAGGAGGGAGCAUCUUGAGCUGAAGCAUGGACAGCGAGGGGAGAAAAGUGGUGGUGUGUGACAAUGGGACGGGGUUCGUCAAGUGCGGCUUUGCCGGAUCCAACUUCCCCGAACACAUCUUCCCCGCCAUGGUGGGUCGACCAAUCAUACGAUCGAACACUAAAGUGGGCAACAUCGAGAUAAAGGACCUGAUGGUGGGUGAUGAGGCCAGCGAAUGUCGCUCCAUGCUGGAGGUGUCCUACCCCAUGGAGAACGGUAUGGUGCGCUCCUGGGACGACAUGCUCCACCUGUGGGACUACACCUUCGGUCCCGACCGCCUGGACAUCACCCCAUCGGAAUGCAAGAUCCUGCUGACGGAGCCGCCCAUGAACCCAACCAAGAACCGGGAGAAGAUCGCAGAGGUCAUGUUUGAGAAGUACCAGUUCCACGGCAUUUACGUGGCAAUUCAGGCUGUGCUCACUCUGUAUGCUCAGGGUUUGCUGACCGGUGUGGUGCUCGACUCGGGGGAUGGUGUCACCCACAUCUGUCCAGUGUACGAGGGCUUUUCUUUACCCCACCUCACACGUAGGCUGGACAUCGCAGGACGCGACAUCACACGCUACCUCAUUAAGCUCCUGCUUCUCCGCGGCUACGCCUUCAACCACUCGGCCGACUUUGAGACUGUGCGUUUGUUGAAGGAGAAGCUCUGCUACGUGGGAUACAACAUUGAACAGGAGCAGCGCCUGGCUGAAGAGACCACCUACCUGGUGGAGUCGUUCACGCUCCCUGACGGCCGGCAGAUAAAGGUGGGCGGAGAGCGGUUCGGGGCCCCUGAAGCCCUCUUCCAGCCUCACCUCAUCAACGUGGAGGGAGCCGGCGUGGCUGAGCUGCUGUUUAACACCAUCCAGGCUGCGGACAUCGACCUCAGGGCGGACUUCUAUAAGCACAUCGUCCUGUCCGGAGGCACCACCAUGUACCCUGGACUUCCAUCCAGACUGGAGCGAGAGAUCAAGCAGCUCUACCUGGAGAGGGUGCUGGACGGAGACACCAAGAAACUAUCAAAGUUUAAGAUCCGCAUCGAGGACCCUCCCCGGCGUAAGCACAUGGUGUUCCUGGGCGGCGCCGUGCUGGCCAACAUCAUGAAAGACAAGGAAUCCUUCUGGCUGAGCAGGGCGGAGUACCAGGAGAAAGGCGUGGGAGUGCUGCAGAAACUGGGAGGUGGAGUCAGAUAAAAAUAAAGCUUGUAAAGGAAAACCCAGAUACUUCUUCUCUGUUUUUUUUUUUUUUCAAAUCGAAGUCUCACCUCUCAUCGCUUGGCAUGCUGGGUGAAAAAGCUGGCUCUCAGUGUACUUCACAGAAAACGACACUCCUUCAUUCCUGCUAGUGCUGGAACAAUAUUUUGAACAACUCGUUCAUCUUUUACCAUAAAUAUGUUCAGGACAUUCUGUACAGAUGCAGCAUAUGGAUACCUGAAACUUUUAUAGAGGCCUUUUUAUACACUGUGACAAUUAAAUCAGCAUUUAAGGGUGCUAUUUUUCUGUCAUUUAAAUUGGGUCUCGACAUGAUGCAAAUCUCACAAGGUGAUGGGUGACACAGUUUAUAACUUGAAGAAAUCCUAUCCUAUGAAAAUAUUUGUUACAUCCAGAUAACUUCAUGCUGUGCUUUGUAAAACAAUGAGAAAGGUUUGUUGGGAAACACCACUGACUGAUGUAGAAUAUGUGAAAUGUUUAAAACGGUAAAUAAAGAUUUUAUUGGUGACAAA